AUGGAGGACGCGACGGGGGUGCAUACGGAUGGGAACUCUCUGCUCAAGGCCGUGUUCCUGAGUCGACUGCGUCUGACACGCCUGCUGCUGGAGGGAGGGGCUUACAUCAACGAGAGCAACGAGCGUGGCGAGACGCCCCUCAUGGUGGCGUGCCGGACACGCCACACGGACGCACAGAGCGUGCCCAAACACAAGAUGGUUCGGUAAGUAAGCUACUAGUCCAUGACACCUCGUAUGGGUUGGGUUGGUGUUUAGUGUUAAGGAGUAGAAAGUAAACACUGCAGAGCAGGGGCCCAAUUGUAUCCCCAAUGGGCCAGUGUGUGUGCAGGCUUUCAUUCCAGCCGAAACAAUUACACACCUGACUUAAAUAAUACAUUGAAGACUAUGAUUGGAUCAAAUCCUGCACCAACACCUGCCCUUCAUGAAUAAUAUUGGCCACCCCUGCCCUACCGUAGGGUAGCCAAGUAAAAAUACACUUUACCUCCUCUUCAGGAGUUUACUGAUCCACAGGGUAUUGAUCAACAUGUCAUCCAUGUUCCCCCACAGGUACUUGCUGGAGAGUGGUGCUGACCCAAACAUCCAGGAUAAGGCCGGUAAGACGGCCCUGAUGCAUACGUGUCUGGAGCAGGCCGGAGCGGACGUCCUCUCUCUGCUGCUGGGGAGUGGAGCCGACCCCAGUCUGAACGACCACUCUGGCUCCUCAGCUCUGGUCUAUGCUGUCAAUGCAGGGGACGAGGAGGCCCUGAAAGUCCUACUGGAUGCCUGCAAGGCCAAGGGCAAGGAGGUGAGGAUGUGGGUUAGAUUCCUGCUUGGGUAGGGUUGCAAAAUACAGGUAAUUUUCCCCAAAUUCCUAGGUUUUCCAGAAAUCCUGGUUGGAUGAUUCUAGAUUUCCUGCUUAUUAACUUUCUAUUACUAUUCCAACCAGGAUUUCUGGAAAACCUGGGAAUUUUGGGAAAGUUGCCUAAUUUUUGCAACCCUACGCUGGGGCCAAAUGUAUACAUGCUCUACUAUAAGUCACUUUUGGAUAAAAGCUUCUGCUAAAUGGCAUGUAAUAUAUUUUAUUAUGUAUUAUAUUAUUUAUAUUAUAUUACAUUAUAGGUCAUCAUCAUCACCACGGACAAGCUGCCGUCGGGACGCCAGAUGACCAAGCAGUACCUGAACGUGCCUCCACCGCCCGACCUGGAGGAGCGCCUGCACUGCACCCCUGGCUCGGCCGCCUGCUGUAUGUCCCCCUCAGAGAUCCAGCUCCGCACCCCUCCGCAGGGCUCCUCCGCCACCGCCUCCCCCCAGCCAGGGAGCCCCCUCUUGGGCCUCAGGGAGCACCACCACCAGGGUGGAGGAAGGGGAACUCCCAUCUCUGGUUCUACUGGUUCUGGUUCUUCUCAGCCGGGCUCCCCGACCAGGGACCCUAGGCCGUUACUAGGCCCAAGUCCUGGGGUGGCGAAGCUGCUCCAUCUCCAGCGGCUCCACUCAGAGCCCUGGCUGAAGAUCCCUCCAUCCCUGCUGCUGAAGCAGAGCAAGGCCUCCAGGUAGGUAGCCAAGAGAAGCAGGGGUUCAAAUCCCAUGUCUGUCAGGAAAAAAAUAUUUUUGGAGUGGGCGGCAACCGGAAGGUUGCUAGCAUCAGUGUCCUAGAUGCCAUCACCUACUAAUGUGCCCUUGAAGACACUUAACCCCUAAACUGCUCAAAGGGCACUGCACUAGUUGCUGCCCAUUGCUCCAGCCUCUCCAACCAAAUGUGUAUUUGUGUGUAUGUGUGUGGUUUAUUUCAGCCUGACCGAGGAGCUGCUGGACAUCCCCCCAGAGGAGGAGCUCUCCUUCUGGGUCAACGGCCUGGCCUUCUCUGGGUCCGGAAGGGCAGGGCCUGGGUUACAGCCGACCAUCGCCCGCAACCAGAGCAUCGAUGCCAAAGACGCCACAGGGCUGCUAAGGGCCCUGGAGCAGGUCAUAAUAAUAAUAAUAAUAAUAAUAAUAAUAAUAAUAAUAAUAAUAAUAAUAAUAACAAAUAUUAUCAUGUGUCUGUAUAAUAAUUAAUUUUGCCAUAUAUUCUUUGUAUCUCAGGUGGCUGGGAGCGAGGGAGGCGGAGGAGGACGAAGGAGAGGCCUGAGUAGGAAGAUGUCUUAUGACAGCACUGCAGCUUCUUCCCACCCCAACCUCUUGCACCGGGGGGAUGGAGGAGGCUGCCCCAACUGUCCCUGCGGCGGCCAUGAACCAGUCCUCCCAGUGGACAAAAUCUCCCUAGACUGCUGCCUCCCUAACCUGGCCGUGUCCAGCCUAAGGAACGUAGUCCGCCGCCGCAACAUCGGCAUGGACCACUAUAGCUCCGACUCCCAGCUGCCCCAGUUCGGCCACAGCAGCCACCCAGAGUGUAAUGAAUCUAACAGAGGCAUAGGGGGUGGUGUAGGGGGAACUGAGAAGCGUAAGCUGGUCACCAGCCGGUCAUCCACCCUGUCAGGCUCCAGGGAGUCCCUGGAGAGCGCUGCCCAGAGAAGGGGACCCGCGAACCUGGAGAGAAGAGGCUCGGGGGCCCUGCUCCUGGAUCACAUCUCCCACACCAGGCCAGGAUACCUGCCUCCUCUCAACCCCAAAGCACCCAUACCCGACAUCGGGGUCAGCCCCUUCUCAACCUGCCCCGGCCUGAGUGGGAGCACCAAAGCACUGAAUCUGAAUGGGGGUGUUGCAGCAGGGUCAAAGCCUCUUGUCCCCUGCGCACCUUCCUUCCCCAGGGAUCUGAAGUCUAAGACACUGCUGAGGAGACACUCCAUGCAGACUGAGCAGAUUAAACAGCUGGUCAACUUCGAGGAGCUCUUCAGCCACUAA